AUGGGGAGAGCUCCUUGCUGUGACAAAGCCAACGUCAAGAAAGGCCCAUGGUCGCCGGAGGAAGAUACCAAACUCAAAGCUUACAUCGAGAACCACGGCACCGGCGGCAACUGGAUCGCCUUACCCCAGAAAAUAGCUCAAUUGCCCGGGCGAACAGAUAAUGAUAUCAAAAACUACUGGAACACGAGGCUGAAGAAGAAGCUACUAGGCAAGCAACGAAAGGAACAACAAGCUCGACGCGCGAGCUGUGCCACAGCGAAGCAAGAAAUGAAGAUGGAAAGAGGGAAUUUUGUGGCUUCUGAGGCCAUGAACCUAGAUCCUUUAUGGACGGAGCUACCUGUGGCCAUGGCCAUGCCAGUAUUGAAUCCAAAUCUGAAUUCGAACCCGAACCAAGAACCUUAUCUUAAAGACCAAGAAUCUAUCAGGACCUUGCUGAUCAAGCUAGGGGGAAACUUUUACGGCGAUCAUCAUCAAUCAAACACCACCACCACCAUCACAAAUUUCCAAUACCCUUCUAAUAAUUUCUCCUUCCAAGACCAACUGUAUGGGAAUUUCAUCAACAUGAGUAGUUCUUUUUCUCAAUUGCCAAACACCCAGUACAUUAUCAAUGGGGAAGUUCCGAACAUGAUUCGAGAAACCAACUUCCCGAUCGAACUCGAUGACAUGGUGUAUUGUAAACAACAAUUUGAUGGGUUUGAGAGUUUUUCAAGGGGAGACAUGGUCAACAGUAGCAUUGGAAAUAGUUCUGUGGAAAGUACCAGUUGGGAAGACAUAUGCUCUCUGGUUUACACUCCGAUGGUCUCUGGUUCUGAGAUUUGCCGACAAGAAAUGCCACAAAAUUGCCUAGAUGGAGAGCCGAGUCCAAAGGAAAGUGGAGGUAAUGUGUGGAGCGCAGUGCUGGAAAAGAUUGACUGCGUCUAA